AUGGCUAAAAAGAAGUCCAAGCAGACAGAGACACCGCCGCCGAAAGAGAAACCCUCUGGGGAGACGGGCAAGAAAGGCCCGAUAGACGCUGCUACGCGCAAAGCUGGACGAACUGCCGUAGCUCAAUCGUCGAGCUGGACAGGUAAGCUUCCGGGAUCAUUACUUCACGAGCACUGUCAGAAACAAAAGUGGCAGAAAGUCGAAUAUGACAUGAAGAAGACGAAAGAUGGAUACAUUGGUAUUGCGAAACUUGCGUGGAAAAAUCCGAAAACCCAGGAAGUGAUCGAAGUUCGAAUGAUUCCAAGUCCAGUGAUCAAACCGCAGGAAACGGCUCUGGAAGCUCGACAUUACGCUGCUACCUAUGCCUUACAUCGCAUUGCGUCCGACAAAAAUAUCCAUAUGGUGCUACCGACUAAUCAUAAGCAGCUGUGGGCAGACUUGGAAGCCGAACGUAGGAAUCUCGUCAAGCAAGACCCAGAAAAAGCCAAGCGCGAAUACUGUUCAGACCCCUUUAGCAUGAUUCUCGAGCAGCGCAGAAUGCAGGAGAAACGGCAAAAAGAGCAGGAAGCAAAGAAACAAGCGGAGCUGAAAACUAGAAAGCCGAUCAUCUCCAUCGGAGUCAGCAAACCGCAACCGCAGGCUUCUAAAUCUGAGAAAUACGUUACUGAUCAGAUGCGGUUUCCUAGAAAAGUAUGGGAGAGCACUGUUUUCAUUGAUCUAAAGCCAGAAGUCAGAGGCUUGGUUGAAGACUGUAUCAGGCACCACAUCGAAUGGUCGGAAGAGCAGAUCGAGGGUGAAAAACUCAAAGUUGAUGCUAAGGCGUUGGAAGCAUUAGGGUUCCGGAAGUUGCACGUUGAAGAAGCUCUGAAGUAUACGUGUACUUUCACGGACGCUUUAGAGUGGCUUAUAUUCCAUAUUCCUGAAGACGAUCUUCCGCCUCUUUUUGUCAAGGACAGCAAAGACUCGAACGUCGAGCUGACUAUUAGCAAAGACUUCAGAAAGGAGAAUAUUGUGAAGAGACUCAGAGAGGGAGGGUUUAGCGUGAACCAGAUAGAAACGGCGAUUAGCGCAUGUGGGUACGACGAGAUUCUCUUGGGGGUGUAUCUGACGUCCACGCUCAUUGACUUUGAGACCGACGCUCAGGAACCGGACUCGGCGGAAAUCUGGCAGGAAGAACUCGAUGGACUCGUGGCAAUCUACGGGAACGACAAAAUCAAGCUGGUAAAGGAAAACAUUGCCGAAAUUUCGCUGCAACCACAGGGUAUUGACGAAGGUCUGCUCGCGUUGAAAGUGUACAAAAGCCCCAACUAUCCCCAGACUUUCCCCGGCCUGCAUUUGGUAGUGAAGAACAGCUCCUACAAAUUAGCCAACUACAUCAAGAUUUCGAUCAUCACAAGACUUCUCUUCUACAUCGUAGAGAACAACGUGCUGGGCAUGCCGAUGAUCUUCAACUGCAUUGAGUGGCUGGAACAGAACAUUCUUCAGAUAGUCGAAAACCCAGGUCCUCUGGUGAAAGCUACCGUCAAGAGAGAGCGUCGACCGGCCGAGAGGACUUCGUCGUCCAAGACAGUCAAGAGGCAGCGCGCAAAAGUUCCCAGAGACCUGGAUCGUCUCUCCAGUGACUACGCAGCUAGGAUCCAGCUGUCCGAGUAUAAAGAGAUGGUUGGAAAGCGUGCGAAACUGCCUGCAUGGCGGAAAAGAGACCAGCUUGUUUCUGUCAUCAACAGCAACCGGAUCUGUCUCAUCACAGGUGAGACCGGCUCAGGAAAGUCCACGCAGAUUGUGCAAUUUAUCUUGGACGAGCUCAAUAGCAAAAACGACUUUUCCACCGACAUCAUCUGCACUCAGCCAAGAAGAAUUUCCACCAUUGGGCUGGCGGAUAGAAUUUCCGAGGAACGUGUUAGCACAUGCGGCAGCGAGGUCGGGUAUAUGAUAAGGGGUGAAAAUAAAACCUCCAAAGACACUCGGAUCACGUUUGUCACGACGGGAGUUCUGCUAAGAAUGAUUCAAGGAAUUGUCGGCAACAAAGAUGCCAAUAACACGCUCUUUGAGAAUCUGGGCUACAUCUUUGUGGACGAGGUGCACGAGCGAUCUGUGGACGGAGACUUUCUAUUGAUCAUCCUGAAAAAAAUCCUCAAAAUGUAUCCAAAGCUGAGGGUGGUGCUGAUGUCUGCCACCAUUGACGUAUCCAUGUUUGGCAAGUAUUUUGAGUCUGGAGUUUGUCACGUCCACAUUGAGGGGCGGACGUUUCCUAUUCAGGAUUAUUAUCUGGAGGAUAUCCUCGAUGAGUUGCAGUUUACAGUGACGAUGAGAAACGGAGACCAGAUUCAGCCAAAGGCCGACUCGAAAUAUUUCGAGCUCGGAAAUAUCAAUUACGACCUAAUUGCCGCGUUGGUGGAGAAAGUUGACGCAGACCUGCGCGCCCAGUCAAACAACGGAUCCAUACUGAUAUUCUUGCCCGGGGUGAUGGAAAUCAGCAAAUGUCUGGCGAAGAUAAAUGGUCCUUUCUGGACAUUGCCUUUGCAUUCUGCGCUGAGCUCCAAGGACCAGAAGCGGAUCUUCAAAGCACCUCCUCCAGGGAAAAGAAAGGUUGUGGCAUCCACAAACGUUGCGGAGACGUCGAUCACGAUUCCUGACGCUGUGGUGGUGAUCGACACUGGAAGGGUGAAAAGUGUCCAUUUCGACUCGGCUUCCAACUCGACGAAGCUGGUCGAGUCCUGGGCCUCGCAAGCAGAAUGUGGCCAAAGACGAGGAAGAGCAGGACGUAUUCAGAACGGCUUCUGCUACAAGCUCUUCACUAAGGAGACAGAGGCCAAGACGAUGCGCAAACACCCUAUUCCUGAAAUCAAGCGCACAAGAUUGGAGAAUCUGUACCUGGUGGUCAAGUCCAUGGGCAUCAAAAACGUGUAUGAGUUUCUAAAAAUGGGUCUGGACCCGCCGGACGUCGAAAAUGUGGAGAGCUCGAAACAGCUGCUAACCGAAAUGGGGGCGUUGCACAACGAUAACUUGACAAAGCUGGGGUCGUACUUAUCAACAUUGCCAACAGACCUCAAGUCUGGCAAGUUGCUUCUGUUCGGCGUUUUAUUCAAGUGUCUGGACAGUUGUCUCACUCUUGCCGCCAUCGGUGUCACAGGAAACCCAUUCAUGGCGAGAAUGGAGAAUCGCGACGAGGUGAAGAAAGUCCAGAACAAGUUCGCUAACGGCUAUGGAGAUUUCAUUGCUAUUCUGAACGCUUUCAACGAGUACCAGAAUUUGGAGCCCAGAAUUCAACGCCGCUGGCUGGAGGAGAACUAUCUGUCCUAUCUCACCAUGAACGAAAUACAGUCGACGAGAACGCAGUAUAUAUCUGCUUUGCAAGACCUUGGCUUCAUUCCCAUGGACUAUCCUAAGUCCCAGUCCUCGGCUUUUCUUAACAAAAACUCGGCUAAUUACCAGAUACUCAGCACACUGAUAUGCUCCUCGUCAUACCCCCAAAUCGCCAGAGUGCAAUAUCCUGAUCCCAAAUACAUGGCAAGUGUUGCUGGAUCCAUUUCUAUAGACCCCGACGCCAAGAGCAUCAAGUUCUGGAUCAGGAACGAAAAGUACAUCAAAAACCAUGACGACCAGCUUCCUGCUACCAGAGCAUUUCUGCACCCCUCGUCAACGCUCUUCAAUGUUAAAAAGUCAGUUGGAGCUGGUGCAGAGCCACUUGUCGAGGACGAGAACGGCAACGUCAUUUUCACACCUAGAGAGUCCAAUAAUUUGACGUCUCAUUUUGUUAGCUACGGAGCAUCGCAAGUUACAACCAAGCUGUAUAUCAGAGAUGUGACUCCUGUUUCUAUUCUAGCAGUGCUGCUAUUUGGAGGUUCGAUAUCGUACGAUCUGAGUACCGUCUCCUCUGGGAAACCAUCUCCAGGUAUCGUGAUGGGACAAUGGCUACCUAUAAGAACAUGGUGCAAAAACGCAGUUUUGAUCACGAGAUUGAGACAUCUUCUCGACGAGGCCCUGAAUGAGCGGUUCCUGCAACCACACUAUGAUCAAAUGAACGAGUUCAGCGACGACGUCUUAAGAACAGUGGAAAAAAUCAUAGCGUUGGAACUGAAAUGA